GGGAGCCGAGCGGCCGCAGCUCCGACCCGACCAUGGCUCGUCCCGGGCUCCCGCUGGCGCUCAGCCUGGCCCUGCUGGCCGCCUUCUGCCUCCUGGCGCUGCCGCCGCGCGCCGCGGCCCGGCCCCGGGAGCGCCUGGUGGGCGGCCGGCGGGAGCUGCCGCUGGACGACCCGCAGGUGAAGAGGGCGGCCCAGGCGGCCGUGGCCAGCUACAACAUGGGCAGCAACAGCCUCUACUUCUUCCGGGACACCAACAUCGUCCGCGCCAGCAGCCAGCUGGUGGCCGGAAUUAAGUACUACCUGACCGUGGACAUGGGGAGCACUGCCUGCCGCAAGACCAUGGGGGCCAGAGACCAGAUGGACCUCACCACAUGCCCACUGGCCGCAGAGCAGGACCAGGAGAAGCUGCGUUGUGACUUUGAGAUCCUGGUGGUCCCCUGGAAGAACUCCUCCCAGCUCCUGAAGCACGACUGCGUGCCCCUCUAGACCCCUGGCCGGCGGGCCUGGCGUGGGAGCAUGGGGGCGGUGCAGGGUG